GAUAGCGAUGUUUUCACUGUACCAGACAAAGCGUUGCGUGGAGAGAAAAACGGCUUGUCCACAGCUGCUGUUUGUUUUCAUCCUCAUUUUCAUGGCACUCUAACGUAAAGUGAAACAACAAAUUCCGUUGGAUUAUCGAGAGGUCUCCCCAUCAUGGCAGCAGAGGAGGAGAGGUCGGUUGUUCGUGUCAAAGUCAAGAAGUGUGAGGGGAUGCUGCCGGUGGAAUGCCGCACGUUUGCUGUGGACCCCCAGAUCACCUCGCUGGAAGUCCUACAGCACAUCCUCAUCCGGGCCUUCGAACUCAACGGAAAGAGGAAUUUCGGCAUCAGCUACCUAUCUCGCGAUAAAGCGGGGGUGGAGGUGUACCUUACUCUCCUGUCGGACUGGGAUUUGGACGCUGCCUUUGUCUCGGCAGCUAAGCCACACCUGCAGCUCAAGAUGGACAUCAAACCAUCAGAAGACAGUCCCGUGCUGGAGGACUGGGACAUCAUCAGCCCCAAGGACGUGAUUGGCUCGGACCAGCUGACUGGCGAGCAGCAGAAGCAGCGUUCACUGACGUCGGCGGCGCUGCCCUUCACCCAAACGCUGCUGUCCCAGGUCACUGAGCCCUUCACGCAGUCCCUGCUCUCCCAGAUGGGUCGUACGUUGUCGCGAGUGCAGCAGGCCCUGAGCUGGUCUUAUGGGGAGGAGGUGAAGCCCUUCAAGCCUCCGCUGAGCGACACUGAGUUCCACAGCUACCUGAACGGCCUGGGGCAGCUCACGCGGCCCGAGGAGCUCCGACUGCGCAUCUACCACGGCGGAGUAGAGCCCUCGCUACGCAAAGUGGUGUGGCGAUACCUCCUGAACGUGUAUCCGGACGGCCUGACCGGUCAGGAGCGGAUGGACUACAUGAAGAGGAAGACGCGGGAGUACGACCAGCUGAAGCGGGAGUGGACGGCCCGGGUGGGCGGCGAGGACCUGGAGUUCAUCCGGGGCAACGUGAUGAAGGAUGUGCUGCGCACGGACCGCGCGCACCCCUACUACGCCGGCUCCGAGGACAGCCCCCACCUGACGUCCCUCACCGACCUCCUCACCACCUACGCCAUCACACAUCCACAGGUGUCUUACUGCCAGGGCAUGAGUGACAUCGCGUCCCCCAUCCUGGCCGUGAUGGACAACGAGGCGCACGCCUUCAUCUGCUUCUGCGGCAUCAUGAAGAGGCUGGAGGGCAACUUCCGGCCCGACGGCCAGCUCAUGUCUGUCAAGUUCCAGCACCUCAAGCUCCUGCUCCAGUACUCCGACCCGGAGUUCUACUCCUACCUGGUCUCCAAGGGCGCCGACGACCUGUUCUUCUGCUACCGCUGGCUGCUCCUGGAGCUCAAGCGGGAGUUCGCCUUCGACGACGCUCUGAGGAUGCUGGAGGUCACCUGGAGUUCGCUCCCGCCCGACCCCCCGGAAACCGAAGUGGAGUUGACCGGGCCGCCUCUCGAGCCGUCGGAGCAGGGAGAGAAGAAGACGUGUAGUUUGAAUGUUCCGUGCGGCGGUGGCGGCGGAAUGGGGGAAGGCGGCGUGGGUGGAGUGGGUGACGAGGGGACGGAAGGGGAACAGACGGAGAGGCAGAGGAGACGCCAUCAUAUGCUGCGGCCCUCGCGGGAUGAAGGGGACGGUGAACGCAAGACGACGCCGACGGCUUUGGAGGACGAGCCCAAGGUCAACGUUGCGGCCAGUCCGAGGCGAGACGGCGAAGGCGACUACUCCCCCGAAUUUGAAGCGAAAACAAACGGCAAUGCUUCUUCUGCUUCUCCUCCAGUAGUGGUUCCCCCAUUCGAGAAGCAAACCAGCUUCGGGGAGUUCAAAUACUACAGCGCCAGGAACGAGGACAGCUUUGAGCUGGCCAAGGAAUCCGUGGUCUCCACCCCAGAGUUCCACUCCUGCAGCUCCCAGUCCCCCGUGCCCAUUCGUCAGUCGACCGAGGACAGCGAGGAGGACCCUGGUGAAAGGGCACCUCUGAUUAGGAGCCCAGAGUCUUUGACUCAGGAGACCGAGCACAGGAGCUCACCCAACGGCCAAGCGUCUCCAAUUGUCCCCUUGCCUUCUCCUCAACUGCCCUCCUCCAAGAGCGCCGGCUCCAGCCAGUGUCUCACCACCUCCCCUUCCAUGUCCAACUGGAGAGGAGCAAGCUCUCCAGAAAGCCCGCCAUCCCACUACAGUGCGACUACUUUGGUCAACGGCAGACCAGCAUCUCCAGAAGAACCAUCUAGAAGACUUGCAUCGCCCACGCUACCCGCUAACGGGGCAUCGGCGGCUAACUCUCCUUCCACACUGCCUGGAAAGUCUAUCCUCUCCUCCCCGACGGUGUCCUACCCUCAGAACCGUUCGUUACUGUCCUCUCCCGUGCUGUCGUUCGCCAAGUCUCCCUCGCUCCCCAGGCCCUUUUCCAGCAACCUCCCCUCGCCCUGCUCCAGAGCCACCACCGCCGUCAACUCCCCAAACACUAGCGGCACCCCCAUCAAGCCUUGCUCCCUGCCGCCCCCGCAGGAGUUCGGCAAGGGCAACCCCUUCAUGCUGUUCCUGUGCCUGUCCAUCCUGCUGGAGCACCGCGACCACAUCAUCAAGAACAGCCUGGACUACAACGAGCUGGCCAUGCACUUUGACCGGCUGGUCCGCAGACACAAUCUGGGCCGGGUGCUGCAGCGGGCGAAGGCUCUCUUUGCUGACUACCUUCAGAGCGAGGUGUGGGACUCGGAGGAGGGUGACGAGGUGAGUCUAGACUCCCCGACUACGGCCGACACGAGUCUGCACUCGCCCACAAACAGGUCGGCAGUGAUCGGCCAGCAGUCCCCGACGCAGGCCAUGACGCCAUCCAACUCCACCUACAACCUUGCCUCCACCAUUCCUUCGCCUACAAAUCCCACAAUGCCUUUGGCUUCUCCCUCUUCCUGACUUGCGUCUCCAGCUUCCUUUUCGUCCACAGCCCAAACGAACAGAUGUGCAUUACAGAUCAAAUAUUACUGGUGGUUUAUCUGAGUUUUGUCCCUUCUACAGCGUUGGAAUAAGCGGAUUCCUACUUGAUCACGGCAAAACGCCCCAUCGCCCUACUUGUGUACUCUACUUGUCGGCCAUGUUGUCACAAAAGAGCUUCAAGUCCAGGACUCACUUUCUUUUUCCAAAAAUAUUCAUUGAGCUUCACCCACAUCUUCUUGCCUUUUGCCUUUUUUACAUUUCAGCCUUGUUGCAUCCGUGUUAUUUGGUGUGACAUUUGCUGUUGUCAGAUGUUUGAUUUUCAGGUUUACAGAUGAUCAGCAGUGGGUUUUGUUGAUUAUUGUUAAUGCUUCACCAAAGUCUACUGAAGGAAAUCUAGUGCUUCUUUAAUUUGACUGCUCGGAAUAUGGAUGUGCUUUGUGUUUAUUUUUUGGCUAAGUACUCAGAAACGUCAAUGUGAAUAUGCACACAUAUCCUAAUCUUGAUUAUUUUAUUGGGUCUACAAAACAAAUUUACUUCUGUUUUCAAAUUUAUAUUUGUGAUGAAACUUGACUUGUUUUUUUUCCUGAUCACAUUUACUGCUGUACAUCUCUGUACAUUAAAAGGAAUGCAUAUAACUGGUAUUUGCCUUUAACGCUUUUAGGAUCUUAGACAUAUUAUUGGAGCAUUGAAAUAGUCCAUUCCAAAGAGAAAACAGUGUUUUUAGCUGUAAAAAUAUAUAUUUAAAAGUCUGACUACGGUCAUUGGCGAAAGCUGUUUAAAACCAUCAAGUAAUGUAAGUCUGGGUUUACCUUGAAGGGAUCUACAAUACUAUAUUUCAGUAUUUUCUUUUUGCUUUGUUUUUUCUUCUUCUGUGAAACGGUUUAGACUGUAGCAAUAUGUGGCAAGCUGGCUUAUAAAUGUGAAAACAUGCCUUGCCACACACAUACAAAUACAAAAACACAGACAGGAGCUUUUGUAUUUCCUGUUGUCUCUGAUCUCAAAUUGAAUGACUGGAACACUUUGACUGUGUAGCUCCACUUCUCACAGCAUACCAUUGCUACUGAAAUAGAUGUCUGACUACAGACGGCUUAUUUCAGUUCUCCCUUUGUACCUGGGAACAACUGAAGGUCGCCUGUCUCGGAGGUUACACAACUAUGAUCUACAAUGUGAUGAUGUUACUUUGACACGUUUUCCUUGUUCCUUUCUGUGUACUGAGACGGUGCGCAUGACUGAACAAAGUAAUCUACGGAAUAUAUUUAACUACAUAAUCAGAAAAGCAGAUUAAUCAUACUUUGCAAAUUUAGUUGAAAUGAUCUAUUGUGUAGUUAACUUUCGAGAUGUAUUACUUUCAAUGUUAUACCUUCUCAUGAGUAGAAUCUUGGAUUAUCACAUAGCUGAUAAUCAAUAUAAAAUGUCCAGAUUUUUAUGUCACUUUAUUUGUACAGGGACCACUGAACUGAACAAACAGACAUAUGGCAUUGGAUACAAUACAGUAAAGAGUAGAGGUGGUGACCCCGGGUCCGAAAGUAAAAACUCUGCCAGUGCCACAGUUUCUCUCCAACACAGGUGACUUCCAUGAGGUCAUCGCGAGUGCUUGUUACGAUCAGUUGACUCCUGAUAUUUGUGGCAAAGUUGUUAUUUUCUGAUUUUGAGAUUGACACCUCAGGUAAUGAAUGGGCCAUUGUGUCUUUCUUUAAUGCGACUUCCUUACUUGUGAAGUCUUGGCAGCCAAUUGGGAUUCUUGUUAAAGCCAUAGAUGCACAAUGUAUGGUAUAGUAUGUUAUAUAACUACACAGCCCACCCAUGGGCGCAAGUCAACAUCCUUCCUCCUGUCUUUUCCUGUGACCUCUGACUUUGUGGCGUGAGGCUCGACAUCAUUGAGGACCACAGUUUUUAUUUAAUAUCUUGCAAAACACACAGUUGAAAGAUCUUUGAUUUACAAUUUGGGUUUUGAAUGGAGGAAAGCCCCACUAAGGUAGCUCUGUGCUGGUUGACAGCGGGGAAACCUUAUUGUUUUCCUCAAAGAGGCAGGGUAACACCGCGUCAGGAGAACAGAGGCCACUGGAACAAACAGAAGGACAUAGUUUGGCUUGCACACAAAGUGUUGAAAUGUGUGCUUUGCACAACUGCCCCAGGUCCUGUGAUUGGGAGAAUUCCUGACUGAAAUGAUUUACAUGUCUUAACACCAAGUGUUCUUUUGGUUUCUUCAAUUAUUUUCCUUCACAUUUACAAGUGCUUUUCUUUCAGUAGGUUCCUCACAUGGACCGAAAGUAUAUAUCCUGAAAUGGGAGGUAUUAAAAGGCCUUGUGUUUAUGUGUGAUUAUUAUAUUAUUUAGUAAUGAACAUAUGUGAGUAUAUCUUUUUUGUUUUGUAUAUUUAUGCAUUGGAAAUGUUGCUGGAGUGAAUGCUAGCAAUACAGAUAUUUGUACAAUAAACUACUCCAAUGUAAAUAUUGUGUUAAUUUGCUUGUCU